CCAAUAUGGAAGAAUUUAUGCUUACCGAUGAUGUACUUGAGCAAAUAAAAGAUUUUGACCGUUGGCACCUAACUGAAGAACAAAAUUUGUUAAUUAAUGAGUUAAUACUAAAUGAAGAAUUAAAAGAACAUUAUAAAAAAAAUGGUUUAUGCAAGGAAUGUAAGCAGCCUAAAACUGAUUAUACUUGGUGUAAUUUAUGUAAUGCUAAGAAUUUUCAACAAAAUUUCAAAAAUUGGACUAGUGGAAAUCAUGAAGUUGAUAAGGUUAUUCAAAAAACACAACUUAAAGCUAAAAAUUAUUAUCACGUUUUAGAAUGGAUUGAAUAUGAUAGAUUUGAAAAUAUUGAAUACUUGACAAAAGGAGGAUUUGGAACUAUUUAUAAAGCAAUUUGGAAAGAUGGAUGGAUAAAAAGUUGGGAUUUUGAGAAUAAUAAAUGGACAAGAAGUAAAGCUUUUUGUAGGGGUUAUGAGAAUUUUCCAGUUGUUUUAAAAUGUUUACAUAAUUCUCAAGAUAUUACAUCCGAUUUUUUAAGAGAAAUUGAAACACAUAUGUUUUUUACAGAACAUACAAUUAAUAUAAUACGUUGUUAUGGCAUUACUAAAGAUCCAGAAUCUAGAAAUUUUAUGAUAGUAAUGGGAUAUGCAAAAGAUGGUAGUUUAAGACAAUAUUUAAAUAAUAGUUUUAAUUCAAUAAGAUGGAAUGAAAAGUUGGAUAUUUUACAAGAAAUUGCACAAGGCCUCGCUUAUAUUCAUCAAAAUGGGUUAAUUCAUCGUGAUUUUCAUUGUGGUAAUAUAUUAAAAGACAGCGAAUUUACUUUUAUUACUGAUUUAGGAUUAUGUCGACCAGCAAAUGUUAAAUCAUCUCAAAAUGAAUGUAAAGUACUACAUGGAGUAUUACCCUAUGUAGCACCAGAAGUUUUAAGAGGAAAAGUAUACACUCAAGAAAGUGAUAUUUAUGGUUUUGGAAUUAUUGCAUAUGAAAUCUGUACAGGGCUUCCUUCUUACCAUGAUAUUACUCAUGAUAAAUUCUUAGCUAUUAGCAUUUGCCAAGGACUUAGGCCAAAAUCAAAUUAUAAAAUUCCUCAAUUAAUUUUAAACAUACCGUAUUUUGCGGUAUAUAAGCACCCCAUUUUUGCACUUGAUGCCGGCCAAGAUCCUCAUAAUUUUGGCCAAAAUCGCCAUAAUUCUGGCCAGGGGUGCUUACUUUCGGGGGGUGCUUACUUACCGCAAAAUACGGUAAUUAAACAAUGUUGGGAUGCUGAUCCUUUAAAACGACCUAAAGCAAAUGAAUUACAUAACAAGUUAUACAAGAUAUUUGAUGAAUUAGUAUAUAAUGAUAAUGAAAAUGAGAUCGAUAAGCAAGUUGAAGAAACAUAUAAAAUUAAUGAGAAGUUAACUUCUUCUUCAUUAUUAUAUACUGGACCUACUCUUUCAUAUACUACAAAUCCUCAAGCAGUUUACACGAGUAGGCUUUUAGAUUUUAAAAAUCUUCCAGAACCAAAAAAUGCUAUUGAUUACAAGGAUGAUGAUUCAUUUGUAGAAUAUUCAGAAUCAAUAGAAGCAAUAGAUUUUACUAAACUAGACCUAGAUAAAAGCAACUGAGGCAUAAAUUUCUUUAUUAUUUACUAUUUAUUUUCUUCAACAUUACUACAGAUAUGA